AUGUCUUUAACUUUGGAUAAUUCUUUUAAUAAUGAAUAUGAUUAUUCUGACGACAUUUAUGACGAAUCUUUGUGGUCUACUACAAGCUUUUGUGCUGAUCCGCUUUUGACCUAUUCUCCAAACUCAACAUUCUUUUCAAUCAGUAAUUGUCUCCAACACGCAAUUUUGGAUCAACUAGCCCCCUUACUUUUACUAAUUUCUUUGCCUAUUUUGUGGAUUACCUUAUCUAAUGCUAAAAUUGAAUAUAAAGCAACUAAAGAAGAAGAGGAGGAAGAAGAAGAAAUACAAGAAUUUGGGAGGGCACCUCAUAGUGAAAUUGAAUUAAUUAAAAAAGUUUUAAUAGCAGUUUUGGCUGGUUCUCGUUUAUUUCUCUUUGUAAUAGCCAGUUAUGAAUUACUUUGGCAAAACAAACCAAUUCCUUUAGUUGAAUUGUUUUAUCCUCUAACACAUUUAAUUACUUUGGCUUUUCUUUUUUAUUUCACCGAACAAUUUCUUCGCCUUUCUUUAGCCCCUCCAGGGCCAAUAUUUUGUGUUUGGCUAUUUUUUGUUUUGACUGGUUUACCUGAACUUUUUAAUUUAAUUAAUUAUUGUUUUGGAAAUGAAUUUUAUUUUUUGUCUACUUGUAUAGCCAAACUUGUGUGGUGGCCAUUAUGCCUUUUCCAAUUUAUUCUUAAUUGUUUUUCGACUAUUCCAACUGGACAGUCAAACCAAUCACCAGAAGAAAAAGUUUCCUUCGUCAACAACCAAUUAUUUAUUUGGUUUGACCCUCUAGUUAAAAUUGGUCAUAAAAGACCUAUAGUUGAAAAGGAUGUUUUCCGUUUGCUUCCGGAAAUGGGUGCUAAAAGACUUUUCCGAAGGUGGUGCAAAGAAAGGGCAAAACAACAGAUUGGGAAGAGUGGUGACUUUAAUUAUUCAACUUCCCAACUCAACGGCCCAUCAAAACAAAGCAAAGAAAAUAUUCAAAAUUACAAUGAACGAACACCUUUAUUACCAACUUACAAAGAAAAACAACAAAAAUUAAAAAACAAAAAGCCUCCCUCAAUAAUUAAUUGUUUAUGGAAUUUAUUUAGAUGGGAAAUUAUUGGGGCGAUGAUUGCUAAAUUAUUUAGCGAUUUAUUACAAAUUACAACACCUUUACUUUUAGGCCAAUUAAUUUCGUUUACUGAGGAUAUAAGUUUGCCUAAUUGGUGGGGAUUUUUAUUAGCUGGAGGGCUUUUUCUGGCAUCAGAAAUGCGAUCUCUUCUACAAAAUAAUUAUUUUAAUAUGAUGAACAGUGUUGGUUGUAAAGUUCAAUCUGUUUUGACCUCUGCAGUUUAUGCAAAGACCCUUCGUUUAUCUAGCAGUGCGCGUCAUGGAAGAACUAGCGGGGAAAUUGUAAAUUUAAUGGCAAUUGAUGUUGAUCGUUUUUACCAAGUAAUUCCUUUAUUACAACAAAUUUGGUCUAGCCCUCUUCAAGUUGUUCUCUCUCUCUUUGUUCUUUAUCAAGUUAUGGGUUGGUCUGUUAUUGGAGGGGUUCUUUUUAUGAUUGCUUUAAUUCCUUGUAAUUUGUGUGUUGUUAGACGGACAAAAAUAUGGCAGAUGGAGCAAAUGACGCUCAAAGAUUCAAGACUUCGAAUGCUAAAUGAAGUCCUUACUGGCAUUCGAGCAGUUAAACUUUAUGCUUGGGAAGUGCCAAUGAAACAAGUAAUUGACGAGAUACGUGAACACGAAGUUAAAUUAAUUAGGAAAGCUGCUUUGCUUCGUACUUGUUCUGAUGUUCUUAAUUUGACUUCUCCUUACUUUGUAUCAAUAAUAACUUUUGCUCUCUAUAUUUUCUCUGAUCCGAUCCACAAUAUUUUAACCCCAGAAGUUGCUUUUGUAUCUUUAACUUUAUUUUCUCAAUUACGCAUUCCAAUGAUGGUUUUGGCUGAAUUAAUUGGACAAUUAGUACAAACGGCUGUUUCAAAUCGAAGACUAAAACAUUUUUUGGUAGCUGGUGAAAUUGAUCCUGAAGCUGUUGAAAGGGAUUUGGAUCCUCAAUAUGAGAGAGCAAUAGAUGUUGAAUUUGCCUCUUUUGAUUGGAAAACAAAAACAAAAAAAUUAGUAAAAACACAUUCUCACCUUCCUCCCGGUCACCAACAUUUAAUUCGUGGAUCAACAACAAAUAUUUGUAUUCCCUACUCCUUAAAUAACCUCGAACUUCAUUUACGUCGUGGUUUGUUGGUUGCUGUUGUUGGAAGAGUUGGGGCUGGGAAAACUUCCCUUUUACAUGCUUUACUGGGAGAGAUGAAUAAAGUUUAUGGAUUUGUGGGUCUUCGUGGACGUGUAGCUUACGUGCCGCAACAGCCGUGGGUACUAAAUAGAACAGUUCGUGAGAAUAUUCUCUUCUCUAAUCUGGAUGACGGUGAAAAACCAAACGAAGAAUUAUAUGCCCGUGUAGUUGAUGCUUGUGCUCUUAAAUCUGAUUUUGCUGUUUUACCUGAAGGUGAUCAAACAGAAAUUGGCGAACGUGGAAUUAAUCUUUCGGGAGGACAGAAAGCUAGGGUAAAUUUGGCUAGAGCUUUAUACCAUCAAGCAGAUAUUUAUUUACUUGAUGACGUUCUCUCUGCUGUUGAUGCUAUUGUAGGAAGACAUUUAUUCGACCUAGCAAUAGGUCCUGAAAGUUUGACUAAAGGAAGUACAAGAGUACUAGUUACACAUUCUUUGGCUUAUUUGGCUGAAACUGAUUGGAUUGUUGUGAUGGAAGGUGAGGGAUUUCUAAAAAGUUUCCGGUUUUCCUGA